AGUUCAAACUGAAAGUCGUGAUGGCUCUGUUCAAGAAAAUCAAAACCAACCUAGACAAAAUAUUAUUUUUGCAAUGGGAAGUGCUGGCGACGAUCGCCCUUCUCCCCAAUUUCCAAGUCUCGCACAAAUAUUUCAAAGAGCAUUAGAUGAUAUUGGAAACAAUCCAAAUUUGAAUGCCCAUAAUAUUUCAGGCGAUCCAAGAGAUUAUGCAUGGGGAAGCUCUGCAUGGGAUAAUAUUAUUACUCAAUUAAUGGAACUACAAUCAGGAAGGCAAGCACCGCCACCUGCUACGGAGGAAGUUAUUGAGGCUUUACCAAAAACAAAAAUAUCAAAAAAACAAGGUGG